AUGCUUGCAGGUAAGCAUGACAGCAUUUGGCCCCCUUCGUCCGUGCCGACACGAGGCACACAAACAAAUGAGAGCAUUCACACAAUCAUUGACUACAUCAGUGAUGCAAAUGUGAACAUGGGCAUGUUUUUUGUGGGGGAGCCGUGUGGAGGUGGAUCUAAUGAAUCCCGCCACACCUACUCGAUUCGGGAGUCGCUCUUUUGUCGUCCCGUCGGACGACGGGGUGACGGCUCCGGGGGAGUAGUCGAUAACCGGCAAAAAGACUCUUCUUCAGGCCAAGCUGACCGAGUCGUCGGGGUCGUCUUCAAGGCAAAUUUGGGCCUUCGCCUCGACCAGUUCCGCCCGGUUCUUAGCCGCCCUCCUCACGCUACUCAGGGCCCAUUUGGUGACAAUCGGGGCCGGCUUCGUCUGGUUCAAAGGGACCAGUCCGAGUCGGCCGAUCGCAGCCUCGCUGACAGGCACGCCGGCUGA